AUGGCGCUCGCCAAGAUUCUCGCUGUGGCACUUAUGCUGGGCCUCACUACGGCACAGUACACAGUUGAUCCGCCUACCAAGGCACCCGACGACACUAUCAAGGACUGCACGAACUGGCUUGUCGCCACCAAAUCCGACACUUGCCAGAGCAUCGCAAACGACAAUGGUCUGGCGCUUGAGCAGAUUUACCGAUGGAACCCUUCUCUCGCCUCUGGCUGCAAGCUUGUCGUAGACACCAGCUACUGUAUCGAGGAAAACUGGGGUAUUCCCCCACCACCCACCUCAACGAGCUCGUCAACGAAGGCAUCCUCGACCACAGGCAACGGCAUCACCACUCCAACUCCCACCCAGAGCGGCGGUCUCAUCGCAUCAUGCAACAACUCGACCUCUGGCAAUGGCGUCGCCACGCCCACCCCCACGCAAGACGGCAUGGCUCCAAACUGUGCAAAGUUUCACUUCGUUGAGCCUGGCACAGGUUGUGGUGACAUCCUGAGCAAGUACGGCAUCUCGCUGGCUUCCUUCUACGAAUGGAACAAGAGUGUUGGCCCGCAAUGCACAGGCAUGUGGGCAAAUGUCAACGUCUGUGUUGGUCUCAUUGGCGGAGCCACAAGUAACUCGGCCUCCCCUUCGACCACCCGCACCUCGUCUACCACUACUGGCAACGGUAUCAGCACGCCAACGCCGACCAUGGGUGGCAUGAUUGCCGACUGUGACAAGUUUGAUUUUGUCAAGGAUGGCGACGCAUGCAGUGCCGUGCUGGCCCGAAACAGCCUCACCGUCGCCCUCUUGUACGCCUGGAACAGGGACGUCAAGGCCGACUGCACGGGCUUGUGGGCGAAUGUCUAUGUCUGUGUUCACAAGAAGGGAUAUGUGAUGCCUAGCUCGACGCUCAAAACAUCGUCGACCACCACAGGUAACGGUAUCCCUACGCCGACGCCCACGAUGACUGGCAUGGUGAACAACUGCAAGAAGUUCUACAAAGUCGUGGAGAAUGACAACUGCGACAAGAUCGCCUCCAAGUCAGGCGCGGUCAAGGCAGACAUUAUCAAGUGGAACGGGCUCACCACUUCGUGCAGCGUCUGGCUCGAUUACUACAUCUGCGUUGGCGUCUAGGUGUGAGCGCGAGGGAGUGGACCGUGUGGGAACCUGAACGCACAGACAUUGAACGCCAUUGCUUGCUGAUUAUUAUGCUUCUCUACACAUUUCCCCACUAUUGAUAGUUUCUGUCGGGGGU